CAAAGCCAGGUCCCUCUCUCACGAGCCGCGCGCCUCUCUCGCCCACCUCCCACUCGGUGGGCGUGGGCGUGGCGUGGCCAGGACAAGAGCCAACCGCGAGCUUUCUCCUGCUCGUCUUGGACCGUUCCUUGACUCAGUGGCUUUCACAGGUCGACACUGCAGAAGUGGGCUGCCAGACGCGCGCUUGAGGACCGAGACUUAAGUCUCUAGCCAUGAAGCGCUCUCUUCUGAAGUUGUUCCAGUCCGGGGAAAGCAAGCAGAAUACCAGCUACGAAGGGGUCGUGUGCGAAGCCGACGCAGCCUCCAUUGCCUCGCAGGAUGUGUUUAAGGUCAUCUCAGAUGGAAGUACCUGCAGACUACGAAGCUUUAUUAAGAAGAAUCGUGAUGGACUUAAGAAACUGGAUGAUCUAAAUGCCACUCCAUUGCAUCAUGCUGCAGGAGGAGGUCAACUUGAGUUAAUGCAAGUGAUUAUAGAUGAUUCUUCAGUUGAAGCACUAAAUGUGAUUGACUGCUCUGGAAAUACAGCACUGCACUGGGCCACGAAAAAAAGACAGGCUGAAAGUGUUAAAUUACUUCUCGGCAGAGGAGCUAACCCAAACAUUCUUAAUUCCAGUAUGAUGGCCCCACUUCAUUUGGCUGUGCAGUCCCUUCACAAUGAAUUAGUUAAGAUUUUUGUUGAACACAGCACUACAGAUGUAAACCUGGAAGGAGAGGGUGGGAACACACCUAUAUUACUUGCAUGUUAUAAAGAUAAUUCUGAAGCACUGGAACUUCUGAUAGAAAAUGGUGGUAAAAUAUGUAAAAGAAACAGUUUUGGAUGUAUGCCAGUCCAUGCAGCUGCAUUUGCUGGUGCAAAAUCAUGCAUGGAGAUUCUCAUAAAAAAGGGUGAAGAAUUAGGCUAUUCUUCUGAACAUUACAUCAAUUUUACCAAUAAUGGAAAGUGUACUCCUCUUCAUCUGGCAGUUCAAAGUGGGGACCUGGAAAUGAUUAAAAUGUGCAUUGAAUAUGGAGCACAAAUUGAUCUGAAGCAGAAUGAUAAAUGCACAGCUCUUCAUUUUGCUGCUACCCAAGGAGCUACUGAAAUUCUUAAAUUAAUGAUGUCAUCUUAUGCAGGCGAUGAACCUAUCAUUGAUGCAUUAGAUGGAAAUAAGGAAACAUUGCUUCACAGGGCUGCAUUGUUUGAUCACUGUGAACUGGCAGAGUAUCUGAUAUCAAUGGGAGCAAAGAUUGAUAGUGUUGACAUAGAGGGUCGAACUCCACUACUACUUGCUACUUCUUGUGCAUCAUGGAAGAUUAUGAAUUUAUUACUCUCAAAAGGAGCAAAUGUGGAAAUAAAAGAUCAUCUUGGUCGUAAUUUUUUGCAUCUAACAGUACUACAUCCAUGUGGAUUAAAACAUCUGAAUGAACAAGUUUUGAAGAUGAAGCAUAUUCAAGAUCUUGUAACCGAUGAAGAUAAUGAAGGGUGCACUCCUCUACAUUAUGCGUGCAGACAGGGGGUACCCCUUUCCGUGAAUAGCCUCCUUGAAUUGAAUGUUUCCAUCCAUUCUAAAAGCAGAGAUAAGAAAUCUCCUUUGCAUUUUGCAGCUAGCUAUGGGCGUAUUAACACCUGUCAACGACUUCUACGUGAUAUGGAAGAUACCAGGCUCUUGAAUGAAGGGGAUAAGAAGGGGAUGACUCCCCUACACUUGGCUGCUCAAAAUGGUCAUGAGAAGGUAGUACAGUUUCUCUUGAAGAAAGGUGCCCUCUUCCUCUGUGAUUAUAAAGGCUGGACAGCUUUGCAUCAUGCUGCAGUUGGAGGGUAUACUCGCACAAUGCAAAUAAUCUUGAAUACUAAUGUGAAGUGCACAGAUAAAGUGGAUGAAGACGGGAACACUGCACUUCAUCUUGCUGCCAGAGAAGGUCAUGCAAAAGCAGUUAGAUUGCUUCUUGAUGACAGUGCUAAAUUCGUUCUGAACAAAGCUGAGGCUUCUUUUCUUCAUGAAGCCAUACACAAUGGGCAGAAAGAUGUUGUAAAAGUUGUCAUCUUACAUAAAAGAUGGGAAGAGUCUGUAUCAACAUUUUCUCACCAUUCUUCUGCAAAUAAAUGUCCACUAAUGGAGAUGAUUGAAUAUCUUCCGGAAUGUUUAAAAUUGGUUUUAGACAAUUGCAUUAUUGAAUCGCCAGAGGAAAAGGCAUCUCCAGACUUCUGUGUUGAAUAUAACUUCAGGUAUCUACAGUGUCCACUGAAGCUUAACAAGAAAUUAAGAGAAGAUGAUGAAGUAUUUUAUGAGCCACUUACCGCUCUUAAUGCCAUGGUACGUCAUAAUCGUGUUGAACUGCUAAGUCAUCCUGUCUGUACAGAAUAUUUACUCAUGAAAUGGAUGGCCUAUGGAUUUCGAGCACAUCUUAUGAAUCUAGCUGUGUAUUCUCUUGGCUUAAUACCUCUAACCCUCCUUAUCACACACAUAGAACCAGAUGGGUCUUACAACAGAACUGUUAAAGCAGGACCUUUUGAGAAAAAGGAUUCAUACUUCAUAAAAGUGUGUAUGUCUUUGGUUUUUAUCAUGAGUUUAUUUGGAAUUGUCAAAGAAAUAAUACAGCUCUUCCAACAGAAACUUAAGUAUCUAUUGGAUUAUUCCAAUCUCCUUGACUGGACAAUUUAUACCACGAACAUCAUUUUUGUCUCAUCUUUAUUUAUUCAACUCCCAGUUCGUUUACAGUGGGAGUGUGGUGCAAUUGCUAUAUUCUUGUCAUGGAUGAACUUUUUGCUAUACCUACAAAGAUUUGAAAGUUAUGGAAUAUAUAUUGUGAUGUUUUGGGAAAUUUUGAGGACAUUGCUUCGGAUCGCUGUGGUGUUCUUCUUCUUGAUGUUAGCCUUUGGCCUCAGCUUCCACGUUCUUCUUGGUUCACAGGAAACAUAUGGCACUCCAUAUCUUUCUGUAAUGCAAACAUUUGCCAUGAUGCUAGGAGAUAUCAAUUAUCGUGAGGCUUUCCUUGAACCGUUGCUCACCAAUCAUCUGCCUUAUCCAUUUUCAAGUUUUGUAAUGUUCAUUAUUUUCUCUCUGCUUAUUCCAAUCCUUCUUAUGAACUUGUUGAUUGGUUUGGCUGUUGGGGACAUUGCAGAGGUGCAAAAAUAUGCUGCACUGAAAAGAAUAGCAAUGCAGGUCAUUCUUCACACAAAUUUGGAGAAAAAACUACCAUAUUGGUUUCUCAGCAGAGUUGACCAGGAAUCAAUCACUGUGUAUCCUAAUAGGCCAAGAUAUUGUGGAUUCAUGAGUGUGUUCCAAUAUUGGUUUGGCUGUGAUUGGAAAGCAACUGAUACUCAGAAUCCUGACUCAUCUUUAGAACUAGAAGUAUUAAAACAGAAGUACAGGCUUAAGGAUAUUGCAACACUUAUGGAGAAACAGCAUGACCUCCUUAAACUGGUUGUUCAAAAAAUGGAAAUCAUAUCUGAGGCUGAGGAUGAAGACCCAAAUGAUCUAUUCCAGCACAAAUUUAGGAAGCAGCAGUUGGAGCAUAAGAACAGUAAAUGGGAUACAGUAUUACAGGCAAUGAAAUCCAAAUGUGACUAACCUUGCUGGAGCUGCACCCAGCAGCAGUUGAAGAGGGUGCUUUCAAGUAGGAAUCGUCUACUACUGAGGGUCAAGCAAGAGGAGAGAGAAAAUCUUGCCUUUUACUGUAACUAUAACUAUAACCAUUAUAACUAUAUAUAACUAUAGCCAGAGGCAGCAGUGGGGCCAUCCUAGUCAGCCCUAUGCAAGUGUGUUGUGGCUGACUGACUUUCAGUCUUCUCUGUCCUAAUCAUCCCGACUAGUCAGCAAGUACUUGCCUGGAGAAGACUGUCCCUGCCUCACAGUUCUUCCUGAUGCCUUCUGCUAAGCACAGAACUUCAUCAGCACUACGCAAGCAUGUGGCUGCUGACUAACUAGCAGUUUUCACUAGCCCCUCUACACUAGAGCAGUAUGACAAUGGAACCAAUUACCUAGGACAGUCACCUGUCUAGUAUGCUUUAAGUUGGAUUCCUGCACUGAGCAGGGGGUUAGACUUGAUGAACUAUAGGCCCCUUCCAACUUUCCUAUUCUGUUCUAUCCUACCCAUCCUAACUAGUCAGCAACUACUUGCUUGAAUGUUGCUGUCUAAGACAGUCCUGUUUCCUAGCCCUCUGCUGAUGGCUACUGUUGAAAGCUGGCUUUCCCUUCCCACCAUCACUGGCUGGUGCUAUCUGCCAGAAUACCACCUCACUAGCCAUUGCUGGCUAUACCAAAACUCUGUUUGAACAUGGAUAUAUUUCAUAUCUGUAUAUUUCUGCAUCAACUCUUCCUUAACUGAGGAAAGAUGUUCCCAGCUAGAGAUUAUGUGAAAUAUAAUACCUUAGCUUCUUAGCUCUGUAUAUAUCCACAUGUAGUGUGGCUAUGAACAAUAGCAGCUUUGCUAAUAAAAUUCAGAUCAAACUAACCCAAUGUUAAAGUGAAUGCUUUGGAUUGAAUAUGAAAAACAGUGAUUUAAUGUGGCAAAUAUUUGGUUUAUAGAAUACUCAAGUCAGCACACGCCCCACUUAAGUCACUGGUCUAUGUCUCAAAAUAUACUAGUAGGUAGUACUGGUGCUUGACUUCUUUGGAAGUCAUGCUAGGUAGAAAGAGGCUGCAGGAUAAGGUCCUGGAUGGAGUUCAGAAAGUUAUGCAAGACUUUUUAUGUGAUCUGAUGGAAGGAUAAGUUUUUUUAUAUAUAAUAUCUGCUUAGGUUGUGCAGGUGUCAAUACAAACUAAAGAGCAGAGGACAAAAAUACAGGUUAAGUGACAAUUACAAGUAGUAUAAACUUUCUUAAUUUUUUUUUUAGACAUCUUCCCUGUCAAGACCCAUUGAAAUGAAUGGGAUCUGGUUUAUCUUGAUCACUAAUGUCAUGCUAAUGCUGAAAUUAAUGAUCAAAUCCAGUUUUUGAAAUUGGCUCACCUUGUAGAUUACACAGUUCUAGAACUAAAAUACAGGCUCCAUUAAUGCUGAGGUAAUUAAAAUAUAAAUACCUGCUUUAGAAAUUUAGAAAAAGCAUGAUUUUAAAUCAUGGAAUCACUUUGGAUAUUAUUUA